AUGGGGGGAGUGGACGCCUUCGUGCAGGAGUACAUAAACAGCAACAUCGCCAAGAUUGAAGACGUGGAAAUCCACGUGGAAAAAAUGAACCGAGAAAUAAUGGAGCUCGAUAAAACCAUCAGCGAAAAAGUGGAGAACCACAUCCUCAGCCAAAAUGAGUAUGACCAAAAAUUAAGACACAUAAAAGAAAAAAUGAAAAUAAUUAAUAGGCAAAUGGAACAAGUGGAUAAAAAAACAGAAGAAAGUGAAGAAAUCCUGGUAAAGCUAUGUAAAGAUAUAAAAAAAUUAGACAUAGGAAAAAAAAACGUAACAGAAACGAUUAUUAUAAUGAAAAGAAUUGUUAUGGUUAUCACUGCUAUAAGUGGCUUAAAAAAAAAGGCCCUUAAAAGGGAGUACAGUGGAUGUAUUCCCCUUAUCUCCGUUAUCAAAGAAAUGCUCAUACACAUUUCCGACUUGAGGACAAACGAAAAAUUAAAAACACUAUACAAGGAUGCCAAUAUCCUUUUUGAUGACGUAAAGCAUCAGAUAAGGGAAGACAUCGAUUUGGUGUACGACCCCGAUGUGCACAUAGAGAAGAACCUCAUCAUCGUGAAUGAGGAAAACCACCCCGAAGGAGAAAAAAUGUCCAUCAAUCUGUUCGAUGCAUGCAAUUGUUUAUAUCACUUGGAUGAAAAAUUCGUUUCCAAUGUAGUUAAAAAGUUUUCCAACUUUUUUCUCGAAAAAUACAUUAUCAUUUUUGAGAAUCAAGCAAAUAACUUGGAAGGGAUCGAUAGACGCAUGGCAUGGUUGAAGCGUGCACUAAAUACGUAUGAACAUGUCUAUGCUCAUAUUUUCCCUCCUGUUUAUAAUAUGCCUUACCAUAUUGUCUGCAAAUUCUGCUCCAUCACCAAAAAACACAUUGUUAAAAUUAUGUCUUCCUCUAUCGACCAGAUGAACCCCGUUUCGCUGAUCCAGACUGUCAUUAAGGUGAUUAAUUUUGAAAAUUUCUUAUCCAAAAGUGUGACCUAUUUUACUGAAAAGAGGAUCACCUCGCAUGACGCGUACUCUUCUUUGGACUUUCCCUUCCCAGAGUUGAUAAUGCAGAGGGACGAUCCUUCCCACGAGGAAGAAGAUCGCAGAAAAGAUCAAAUGGACAACACCAAAGAGGAGGGGGAUCCCUUCUUUAGCACUGCCCAUGAUGAUACUAAUUCCCAUUCACCGCAAAACUUCAAGGGAGUCAUGUCAUGCGCGUUCGACAGCUACCUGUGCAGCUGGCUAAAAUAUGAAGAGAAAAAAAUUCUCCAAAAAUUUGAAAACAUAAUAAACGAAGAAAAUAAAGAGGACCUCCUCGACGGAGAUGGGCAUAGUGAAUGCAAAUUGUCCUCCUCAGAAAGGGACCCCCUCCUUGAUGUUAACAAAAUUUUAAAAAAAAAGGAAAACAACACCCCCAAAAUGGACCCCGAAAUGGUGGAAGAAAAACACACCGUGUACAAAUCAGCGUACAAAAUGUUCUACCUCUACAAAAGCUACAUAAACAUGAUUCUUCAAUUUAGCGACUGCCAAACGUUGUACGAUUUUGUGACUUUCUUUAAAACCCUGUUAUUAAAAUAUAGUGAAGAGUUAAACAAAAGAAUUGUAAAAGAAGUGAAGGAGGAAAACAAAAAACAGCACUUCAAAUUACUGUCCAUCAUAAUCAAUACAAGUUAUUACGUAGAGCAAACAAUGAAUGAAGCGUUCGAAAAUCUUGUCAAAGUUAUUGACCCAAUUUAUAAGGACAAAAUUUGCUUCAAAGAAGAGGAACAACAAUUUUUACAAAUAAAAACAAAAUGUAUAAAGGGAAUUAUCGUCUUUGUAGAGAAGAAAAUAAAUUCCAUCAUUUCGAAUAAAGAAAUUGCAAACCUAUUUGACCCACAUGAUGUCCAGGAGAAGACUCCUUACAUAACUAAUAUGGAUCUAUUUCUGCGUGAAUAUUUUUCCUUUUUUAAAAAAAUUUUUAAUGAGACCUACUUGAUUUAUUUACUCGAAAAAACGACCACACUGAUCAUUCAGCAGUUUUAUCAUACCAUUUUUUCGUUUCAGUUCAUGACAAAUGUGACUGCCCAGCAGCUACUUCUGGACUGCCACGAGAUGGAAAAAAUUUUGUUCCAAACGGCCGCUCUGUUGAAUGCGAAAAAGGGGGAACAGCACACCCACGCUGCGCCACACGGAACAGACACACAGACGCAGGCAUUCGCAUUAGCAUCCGCAGCGUCAGACGACGAAUGCAUCAUUCCUCAGACAUACUUCAAUUACGUAAAAAACCAAACGAAAAAAAUAGAAUUUCUAAUAAAAAUAUUUAUCUCUAACAUUUACGAUAUGAAUUCCUUCAACAUGCUGCUCACCGAAAAUAACAACAUUUGCACCAUCGAGGAGAUUGAGAAGAUCCUGUCCCUGAAGGAGGACGGCACGGGGGCGAAGGCCCCCCCGAGAGAACCCAGCCAAAACAAGAACUAUGUGCACGACAUUAAGGAGCGAGGCAUAAAAGCCGCAGAGGAGGUCAAGUUCUUCUUCAACAAGAUUACGAGUAUGUAG